GAUGGCCAAGGGCAGUUGGGGAUGGUCAAGGGAUGGCCAAGGGCGGUUGGGGAUGGUCAAAGGAUGGCCAGGAACCGUUGGGGAUGGUCAAGGGAUGGCCAAGGGUGGUUGGGGACAGUCAAGGGAUGGCCAAGGGUGGUUGGGGAAGGUCAAAGGAUGGCCAAGGGCGGUUGGGGAAGGUCAAAGGAUGGCCAAGGGCGGUUGGGGAAGGUCAAAGGAUGGCCAAGGGCGGUUGGGGAAGGUCAAAGGAUGGCCAAGGGCGGUUGGGGAAGGUCAAAGGAUGGCCAAGGGCGGUUGGGGAAGGUCAAAGGAUGGCCAGGAACCGUUGGGGACGGUCAAGGGAUGGCCAAGGGCGGUUGGGGACGGUCAAGGAGUGGCCAGGGGCAGCCAGGGACGACCAAGGGAUGGCCGAGAGUGGCUGGGGACAGUCAAGAGUGCUGAGGAUAAUCAGUGGUGGUCAGGGGGUGGUCCUCAAUGGGGAAGGAAUGGCCAAGAGCAGUCAGGAAAUAACCAAGAGUGGUUGGGGACAGUCAGCAGUGGUCCAGGAUGGUCUUGGACGGUUGGAAGUGGCAAACAGUACUCGGGGAACGGCGGAGAGCGGUUGGGGAAUGGCCGAGAGUGGUUGGGGGCAACCAGUGGUGAUCAUGGAUGGUCAGAAACGGCCAAGAGUGGUCGGGGAAUGGCCGACGAGAGUGGUGGGCAACCAGUGGUGAUCAUGGAUGGUCAGAAACGGCCAAGAGCAGUCAGGGCACCAAGAGGACCACCCCAUCUGCUCCGAAACCAGCCAAACCCAGCGUCCGCCGGCCCACCGCCCUCCUCACCCACCUUCAGCGCCGGCUCCUCCUCUUCAUCCUCCUCCUCGUCCGGGCAGACGUCCUGGGCCCCGGCCUCCAGCGCCGCCUCCAGCGCCGCCUCGAGAGGGACGGGCGGGCCCUGAGGGUCCCGUGGCCCCACGCGCACCACCCCCUUCUGCUCGAAGCCGUGUCGUGCCCCCUCAGC